AUGUCAGGUCAAACUGCCUCUGGAAAGAAUCCUGAGGCAGUGUACCCUGAUGGACGUUAUGCAUACUCUGUAGAGUAUGAUUUAACUACGGGCAAUAGUCGUAUUCUUAGCUUAAAAACAAAUACUUUUUGUUCUGCUGGGUCUUUCUUUGAAGAUGGUACAUUAGUUGAAUCUGGUGGUGACGAUGAUGAUAAAGCUCUGAUUUGGGAUUAUAUUAAACAAGAAAUAGUUAGGACAUUGCCAGAUAUUCCUGGUGGUCCACGCACGUUUCCGGCUACCGGCACGAUUUUUCUUUCCCCAUUACACUAUAAAGAUAAUUAUGCUGCCGAAAUUAUCGCUUGCGGUGGAUCUGCUGAGCGAAAAGCCGACGCAAAAAGUAAUAAAGAUUGCGCAAGGCUUAACUUAGCGAAACCAGAUUCUGAUUGGACUUUAGAACCUUUCGGAGAUUGUGAUACAGGACGUUUAAUGGGUGAUUACAUUUAUAUGCCUGAUGGCAAAGUACUUAUUGUAAAUGGUGCUGGUAGAGGAUUCGCUGCAAGUUUACCUCAAAAGAUACCAUUACUUUAUGAUCCUAAAGCACCUCUUGGAUCUCGUUUCACUAGGAUGGCAGAAACUAAAAUCAUCCGUGUUUAUCAUUCAUCUGCAACUUUGAUCCCAGAUGGUACAGUUUUUGUUGCUGGCAGUAAUCCAAAUCUUGAGCAUUGUGACAUCGAUACCUGUGAAUACCCUACAGA